CCAAUCCACUUCUCUCAGAAGGAAAAACCUCUAUAGGGUUUCAAGAACCACAGUGAAGAGCAAUGUUGCUUCAGCUUCCUCGUUUAUCGAACUCUCUGAGAGACCCAUUCGACAUCGAUCACGCUUAUCUCCAACGCAAAUCCAUCCUCCGAAACCAAAAACCUCGCAGUUAUGGGAACUCGCUCGAACAGUCAGACCUCGCGAAGAAGAUCGUUUACAGAUGGGAUGAAGCAUCGUUUGAAGUGCGACAAGCAUACAAAGAGUUUGUGGGUGCGGUUUUGGAGCUGAUUGGCGGCGAAGUGCUGUCGGAGGAGUUUCAUGAGGUGGCAUUAAUGGUUUAUCGGCUUUGUGCCAAGCCGGUGGAGGAGGACGAGGAUGACAGAAGGAUUGCCGAGAAGAAGUUAGAAUUGCAAAAAGUACUUGGUCAUGCUGUUUCAGAUGCAAGUCUACAGAAAGUUAGCUCUCUAGCCCAGAGCCUUUCCUUGUUGCAGUCUAAUGAUUGUUCAGAUGUGUUUGUUCCACAAAGGGAAACAAACAGGAGCUGUGAUGAUUUAGAAUUUGGUGCUGACCUUGUUUUUCAAUGCCCUGCUCGGUUUGUCGUUGAUGUCUCUUUAGAGGAAGGGGAAUUGUUGGGGGAGGGAACUGCUUCAUCUUUUUCUUUGCUUCAAGAAGGAUUGCAUGACUGCAGUGACCCUAAAGGUUAUGAUUCUGCUGCUGAUGGUAAACACUUCAAUUUGCAGUGGUUAAGAGAUGCGUGUGAUAAAAUAGUGAAAGGAAGUACUUCACAACUUCCUCAAGAUGAACUAGCAAUGGCCGUCUGUGGAUUACUUGAUUCUGAGAAACAUGGUGAUGAGAUAGCUGCCGAUUUGUUGGAUCUUGUUGGGGAUAGCGCAUUUGAAAUAGUUCAAGACCUAAUUUCGCACAGGAAGCAAAUUGUUGAUGCUAUCCAUCAUGGGUUACUGGUACUGAAAUCUGACAAAACGGCUACAAACACUCAAUUGCGCAUGCCUAGUUAUGGAACCCAGGUUACUGUUCAAACAGAGUCUGAACGGCAAAUUGAUAAACUUCGACGCAAGGAGGAAAAGAGGAAUAGACGGGGAACAAAUUAUGGGGUUGAAGACAACUUGUCUGGCUUGAGUUUUAGUUCUUUACUCCAAGCAAGUGAAAAGAAAAGCCCAUUUGAUGAUUUGAUUGGGUCUGGUGAAGGGUCACACCCAUUAGCAGCGACUGCCCUUCCCCAAGGCACUGUCAGGAAACACUACAAGGGAUAUGAAGAAGUUAUUAUUCCCCCAACACCGACUGCACCAAUGAAACCUGGGGAAAAUUUGAUUGAGAUAAAAGAGUUAGAUGAGUUUGCUCAAACUGCUUUCCAUGGCUACAAAUCUCUGAACCGUAUCCAGAGCAGAAUAUUUCAAACUACUUAUUACAGCAAUGAGAACAUACUAGUUUGUGCUCCAACAGGAGCUGGUAAAACAAAUAUAGCCAUGAUUGCUGUUCUACAUGAGAUUGGACAGCACUUCAAAGACGGGUACUUGCAUAAAGAUGAAUUUAAGAUAGUUUAUGUUGCUCCCAUGAAGGCAUUAGCUGCAGAGGUUACCUCCACUUUUAGCCAUCGUUUAUCUCCUUUAAAUAUAACAGUGAAAGAGCUUACUGGAGACAUGCAACUUUCUAAGAGUGAACUUGAAGUCACUCAGAUGAUUGUGACAACGCCUGAGAAAUGGGAUGUCAUUACUCGUAAAAGUAGUGACAUGUCGCUUUCAAUGCUCGUGAAACUCCUAAUUAUUGAUGAAGUACAUCUUUUGAACGAUGAUAGAGGCCCUGUAAUAGAAGCAUUAGUUGCUCGUACCCUUCGUCAGGUAGAAUCCACACAGACCAUGAUACGUAUUGUGGGCCUCUCUGCUACUCUGCCUAACUAUUUAGAGGUUGCUCAGUUUCUAAGGGUGAAUCCAGAUAAGGGUCUUUUCUUCUUUGAUUCCAGCUACCGUCCAGUGCCUCUUGCACAACAGUAUAUUGGAAUUAGUGAGCACAACUUUCAGGCUCGCAACAAUCUGUUGAAUGAAAUAUGCUACAAUAAGGUGGUUGAUUCAUUAAAACAAGGGCAUCAGGCAAUGGUUUUCGUACAUUCACGGAAAGACACAGGGAAAACAGCUGACAAAUUGGUCGAACUUGCCCAGAAGAAUGGUGAAUUGGAGGUCUUUAUGAAUGAUACACAUCCACAGUUUGAAUUGAUCAAGAGGGAUGUUUUGAAGUCCAGAAACAAGCAGCUUGUUCAACUCUUUGAACAUGGAAUUGGAAUCCAUCAUGCUGGGAUGCUACGUGCCGAUAGAGGUUUGACUGAACGCCUUUUUUCCGAUGGACUCUUGAAGGUACUUGUUUGCACAGCAACUUUGGCAUGGGGAGUAAAUCUACCUGCUCACACUGUUGUGAUUAAGGGAACUCAACUAUAUGAUCCCAAGGCUGGUGGGUGGCGAGACCUGGGGAUGCUUGAUGUUAUGCAGAUCUUUGGACGUGCUGGAAGACCGCAGUUUGACAAAAGUGGUGAGGGCAUUAUAAUCACAAGUCAUGAAAAAUUAGCCUACUAUCUACGACUACUGACGUGUCAACUUCCCAUUGAAAGUCAGUUUAUCAGCUCUUUGAGAGAUAAUUUAAAUGCAGAGGUGGUUUUGGGCACCGUGACAAAUGUGAAGGAAGCUUGUGCUUGGCUUGGAUAUACAUAUCUUUUUAUUAGGAUGAAAAUGAAUCCAUUGGCAUACGGUAUUGGAUGGGAUGAGGUAAUUGGAGAUCCUUCUUUGACUUUAAAACAAAGAGCUCUUGUGUCAGAAGCUGCACGUGCUCUUGACAAAGCCAAAAUGAUGCGGUUUGAUGAGAAAAGUGGCAAUUUUUACUGCACUGAGCUUGGUCGAAUUGCUAGCCACUUUUAUAUUCACUAUUCUAGUGUUGAAACUUAUAAUGAAAUGUUGAGACGGCACAUGAAUGAUAGUGAGGUAAUUGACAUGGUAGCUCAUUCUUCUGAGUUUGAAAAUAUUGUUGUUCGAGAGGAGGAACAAAAUGAGCUAGAACAGAUGGUCCGUACAUCAUGCCCGUUGGAAGUUAAGGGUGGGGCUGCAAAUAAACAUGGAAAAGUUUCAAUUCUCAUUCAGUUGUACAUUUCUCGGGGCUCAAUAGAUUCUUUUUCAUUGGUUUCUGAUGCUGCAUACAUAAGUGCAAGCUUGGCUCGUAUCAUGAGGGCCUUGUUUGAGAUCUGUUUACGUAGAGGAUGGUGUGAGAUGACUUCCUUCAUGUUGGAUUAUUGCAAGGCUGUGGAUCGUCAAAUUUGGCCCCAUCAACAUCCCCUCAGACAAUUUGACAGGGAUAUGUCAUCAGAAGUACUGAGGAAGCUUGAAGAACGAGGGGCGGACUUAGAUCGCCUCUAUGAGAUGGAGGAAAAAGAUAUUGGAGCUCUGAUUCGUUAUGCACCCGGAGGAAGGUUGGUUAAGCAAUGUUUAGGAUACUUCCCAUCUAUCCAGUUGUCUGCUACUGUAAGUCCAAUCACCAGAACUGUUUUGAAGGUGGAUUUGCUCUUAACUCCAGACUUCAUAUGGAAGGAUCGCUUUCAUGGGACUGUGCAACGUUGGUUGAUUCUGGUUGAGGACUCUGAGAAUGAUCACAUUUACCACUCAGAGCUUUUCACAUUGACAAAGCGGAUGGCAAAAGCAGAACCACAAAAGAUUUCCUUUACCGUGCCAAUUUUUGAACCGCAUCCUCCUCAAUAUUACAUUCGUGCUGUUUCUGAUACUUGGCUGCAAGCAGAGGCUUUGUACACUAUAUCUUUUCAGAAUCUAGCACUUCCAGAGGGUCGUACAUCCCACACCGAGCUGCUAGACUUGAAACCCCUCCCCGUAACAGCACUCGGCAACAGAGCUUAUGAAGCCCUGUACAAGUUUUCACACUUCAAUCCCAUUCAAACACAGACUUUCCAUGUCCUGUAUCACACUGGCGAGAAUGUUCUCUUAGGAGCUCCAACUGGCAGUGGAAAAACUAUAUCUGCUGAGCUUGCUAUGCUUCACCUGUUCAACACCCAGCCUGACAUGAAGGUUAUUUACAUAGCACCCCUGAAGGCUAUUGUUCGAGAAAGAAUGAAUGACUGGAGGAAGCGUCUUGUUUCGCAACUUGGAAAGAAGAUGGUUGAAAUGACUGGGGAUUAUACCCCAGAUUUGAUGGCUCUCCUGUCUGCCGAUAUCAUUAUUUCUACUCCUGAAAAGUGGGAUGGUAUCAGUCGUAACUGGCAUAGCAGAAGUUAUGUCACAAAGGUUGGUCUUAUGAUUUUGGAUGAAAUUCACUUACUUGGAGCUGAUCGUGGGCCCAUACUUGAGGUUAUUGUCUCAAGAAUGAGAUACAUAUCUUCGCAGACGGAGCGUGCUGUUCGUUUUGUGGGCCUUUCAACAGCCUUAGCAAAUGCACAUGAUUUGGCUGACUGGCUGGGUGUUGGGGAAAUUGGUCUAUUCAAUUUCAAGCCUAGUGUGAGGCCUGUACCGCUUGAAGUUCACAUUCAGGGAUACCCAGGGAAGUUUUACUGUCCACGGAUGAAUAGCAUGAAUAAACCCACAUAUGCUGCUAUUUGUACCCAUUCACCUACCAAACCAGUCCUAAUAUUUGUUUCAUCUCGGCGCCAGACAAGGCUUACUGCACUGGACCUGAUUCAGUUUGCAGCCUCAGAUGAGUUAUCAAGACAAUUUCUUAGUAUGCCAGAAGAAGCACUACAGAUGAUUCUUUCUCAAGUCACUGAUCAGAACCUGAGGCACACUUUACAAUUUGGCAUUGGGUUGCACCAUGCAGGACUGAAUGACAAGGACAGAUCUCUUGUAGAGGAACUUUUUGCGAACAACAAGAUUCAGGUGUUGGUUUGCACGAGUACAUUGGCAUGGGGUGUAAACCUUCCAGCUCAUUUGGUUAUUAUUAAGGGAACAGAGUAUUAUGAUGCCAAAGCUAGACGGUAUGUAGAUUUUCCUAUCACAGAUAUCUUGCAAAUGAUGGGCCGUGCAGGCCGACCACAAUAUGAUCAACACGGGAAAGCUGUUAUUCUGGUUCAUGAACCGAAGAAGAGCUUCUAUAAAAAGUUCCUGUAUGAACCGUUUCCGGUUGAAAGUAGUCUGAGGGAGCAGUUGCAUGAUCACAUCAAUGCUGAGAUAAUUUCUGGAACAAUUUGCCAUAAAGAGGAUGCAGUACAUUAUCUCACGUGGACCUAUUUGUUCCGGAGAUUGGCUGUUAAUCCAGCUUACUAUGGCUUGGAGGAUACUGAACCUGGAACUGUGAGUUCUUACUUAUCAAGCCUGGUGCAAAACACAUUUGAGGAUCUGGAAGACAGUGGAUGUGUAAAGAUGGAUGAAGACAGCGUAGAGCCUACGAUGUUGGGUUCAAUAGCCUCUCAGUAUUACCUAAGCUACAUGACCGUGUCAAUGUUUGGUUCAAACAUAGGCCAAGAUACAUCACUUGAAGUUUUCCUUCACGUACUGUCUGGUGCUUCUGAAUAUGAUGAGCUUCCUGUGCGGCAUAAUGAGGAAAACUUCAAUGAAGCAUUAUCUGAGAAAGUUCCAUAUAUGGUGGAUACGAAUCGCCUAGAUGAUCCACAUGUUAAAGCAAAUCUACUUUUUCAGGCACACUUUUCGCAGUUAGAAUUACCAAUCAGCGACUAUAUCACAGACUUAAAAUCAGUGUUAGAUCAAAGUAUACGUAUCAUACAGGCCAUGAUAGACAUAUGUGCUAACAGUGGAUGGCUUUCAAGCACAAUCACUUGUAUGCAUCUUCUGCAAAUGGUCAUGCAGGGUUUAUGGUUUGACAAGGAUUCAUCUCUAUGGAUGUUGCCAAGCAUGACUGAUGAUCUUGUGGGCAUACUAAGAAGAAAAGGAAUUUCAAAUGUGCAGCAACUACUGGAUCUUCCUAAGUCAACUUUGCCGGCUUGCAUUGGAAAUUCAACUGCUUCAAGAUUUUAUCAGGACUUGGAGCAAUUUCCUCGUGUCCAAGUUAGAUUAAAACUUCAGAAAAGGAAUCCCGAUGCUGGGAAGGCUUUCAAUCUGAACAUUACAUUGGAAAAAACAAAUUCCUGGCGCAAACAAUCAAGAGCUUUUACCCCUCGAUUCCCAAAGUUGAAAGAUGAAGCAUGGUGGUUGGUCCUAGGUAACACCUCAACCUCUGAACUCUAUGCUCUGAAGAGAGUUUCUUUCUCCAAUCGAUUGGUCACCCACAUGGAGUUGCCGUCAACUCCAAGCACUAUCCAGGGGGUGAAGCUGAUUCUAGUGUCAGAUUGUUACAUUGGGUUUGAACGAGAAUACUCUGUAGGACUUGUUUAACCUUAAUAACUGGAAGCUGGAAUUUUUGAGCAUUGUAAGUCCCAAAUUUCAGAAGCCAAAUUACACAUAUGAUUGAGUGUUUUUGUCAAUAGAUAGAACAGAUAUAGUAGGGUCAGCUUCAUUCAAAUGGAAUAUACAUUUGAGUAUACUAGAUAUGUCAAUAUUAUUUUUCUAUCCAUAUGUCUAUGGAGCCCAAUGUAAUUAAAACUUAAAAGGAACCCAAUGUAAUUAUGUUAAACUUGUGUGGCUUAUUGUAUUUUCUUAAAAUCUCAAGAAAGAUCAGUGUAAUUUAUCCAAAAAAUAAAUAUAUUCUCAUCACAUGAAUAAAUUUAAGCUACGCAUUAAAUUUUGGAUAAA